AUGGAGGACCUAACGAGAUCAUGGAGUUGUUUAACACUAUCGGAUUGCGAAAGGUCAAACCUUCGAAUUUCGAAAGAACAGGCAGCAACAGAGUACAUAUUAGCUGCAAAAUUCUUGACAAAGCGAGCUCUCAACAUUGAUGCUAUAGCCAAAACGUUCACACCAUUAUGGAGAUCAGUGAAUGGCUUUAAAAUCAAAAUGGAGGGAGAUCAUGUGGUUUUGUUUACUUUUGAUAAUAAGGAAGAGAUGGAGAAAGUUAUUGAUGCCGAGCCAUGGAGUUUUGAUAAACAUCUCAUGGUGCAAGUGCACGACCUUCCAAUGAGGUUUCGGAGACGAAAAGUGGCCGAACAAAUAUGUGAGGCUACAGGGAGGAUUAAUGCCUCGGCUGAUGAUUCGGAGUCGGAAGGAGAUAAUUUUAUGAGAGUUAAAGUCUCAAUGGAUAUCACUCAACCUUUGUGCAGGGGAAGGGUAAUUUCACUUGACAACGGCAAAGAAUUGUGGGUGUCUUUCAAAUAUGAACGACUCCCCAACCUGUGCUAUUGGUGUGGGUGCUUAACUCACAAUGAUCGUGAUUGUCCUCUUUGGAUUGAGAGCGAAGAAAGCCUAAAAACUAAGUCACAGCAGUUCGGAUCCUGGAUCAAGGCAGCGUCGUUUGUGUUGAUGAGGAGAAAUAUGGUUAAAGUCCCUGGUUUUUUUGCUAGCAGGAAAUCCGAUGCGUCGACGGCAAACAGCAAACCAGUUCAGAAGCCUCCCGUGGUGGUUGUCCGAUCAGGCAAACCUUCUCUGGAGGUUAUUCGACCUGAUAAGGAAAGUGUUAGUACGUUUCCUAGUGCAAAUAUUGCUCCGGAUUUUCAGGAGAUAAAUAUGGAGAAUAUGGUGCCACAAGAGUCAAGGAGUGUUACGAAUUUAGAAAGUUCCAAAUUGCUGGAUUUUGGGGAGAGAAAUAAGCUAACCAGUGAUUUCGAGGAGGUAAUAGAGGAUAUUGAUAAGGAAAUUCGUAAGUUUGACUUAGCGGAUUUGAAUGUUGCUGAAAACAGAGCAUUUCGUGGUAAGGUAAAUAUUAUAAAAUCACCUUCUAUUGAGGAUUCUAAUGAGAUGCAUUCACUAGAGCGUGCACAACUUAACCCUCCCUUAUCAUGUGCCCCUCAAGCUGUGAUUUCUAAUAAUCAGAACAGACCCGUGCAUGUGGAAGGCUCGUGGAAAAGAGUUGCUAGAACUGAGAUAGGGACAGACAUAGUUAUGACUGAAGCAGUAGGGGAUAAACGUGUGGCUAGGAAACAGAAAGCUUACUUGAGUUACCAAAGAAAAGAAAGGAACUUGCGUACAGAGAGUGAGCUCGUUACUUUGAUACGGGCUAAAGAUCCCUCUGUCGUGUUUAUAGUCGAAACAUGGGCAGAUGAUGCAAGGCUAGAUCGUACGUUGAGCAAAAUUAAUUUUGAUCAAAAGUGGGUGGUGUCGAGGGUUAACAAAGGUGGUGGCUUAGUGUUAUUUUGGAAGAAUACUGUGAACCUUACUGUAGUAGAUUCACACAGGUAUUAUAUUGACACUAUUAUCAAUGGGAACUCUGAGAAUGAGUGGAGAUUUACUGGCUUUUAUGGGGAACUCGAGACCUCAAGGAGAUUUGAAGCAUGGAACAAGUUGAGGACUUUGAAUUCAAGGCAGAACAGACCUUCGCUUUGCGUCGGGGAUUUUAAUGAAAUUAUUCGGCAUGAUGAGAAGUUGGGUGGGCCAAGGAGGGAUCACAAUCAAAUGCAAUUAUUUAGAGAUGUGAUUGAUGAGUGUGGCUUCAUGGAUUUUGGAUUUAUAGGUUCAAAAUUUACAUGGGCAAGACACUUUGAUGAUGGAAAUUCUGUUAGACUAAGAUUAGAUCGAUGCCUGGCUACUAAUUCCUGGUUUCAUAAAUUUCCGGGAACUAGAGUCCAUCACCUUCAAUCUAUGUCAUCGGAUCACUCUGCCCUUUGGGUAAAUUUAUUGGGGUUGGAAGAGCCUAGUAGGAAGAAAUGUUUCAGAUUUGAGGAAAUGUGGUUAUCCGAGCCUUCUUGUGGUGAAACUAUUGAGGAAACUUGGAGUAAUACUUGUGAGCCGAACCCAGGCUUAGCUAUCUUGAAAAAGGUGGCUCAAUGUGAACAAGAAUUAACUCGGUGGAGUAAGCAUAAUUUUGGACAUGUGAGAAGGGAAUUAGCAGAGAAAAAGAAAUUGCUUGUGGUGGCUGAAAAUGAAGCAAUAGUUAGUGGGAACAACUCUCGGGUUAGGGGUCUCAAGGCUGAAUUUAAUAUCCUUCUAGAUAGAGAAGCUAGAAUGUGGUAUCAACGGUCAAGAGUUUUGUGGCUUAGUAAAGGCGAUAGCAAUACAACAUUUUUCCAUAGCAAGGCAACAAAGAGGUUCAGGAAGAAUUUAAUCAAGGGGAUCAAAAAUGCUAGAGGUGAGUGGUUAACCGAGAAUGAGGAAAUGGGUUUGGAGCUGAUAAAUUACUAUGAAGAGCUUUUCUCCUCUUCAAACCCGAGCCUUACUGUUGAGGCUCUUGAGAAAAUCCCAUGCUCAGUGACUGAGGAGAUGAAUGCAGAUUUGGUGCGUGAUUUUUCAGAAUUGGAAGUGUGGGAAGCUUUAAAUCAAAUGGCACCUUUAAAGGCUCCGGGUCCAGAUGGAAUGCCUCCACUCUUCUAUUAG